GUCGGACACCCGACAUAAUCCUGCAUCCCCGAGACAUGGCGACGGUUGUGAAUGUGUUGCUGCUGCUGCUGACGACGGCGUCGCUCGCCCUGGGUGAAAACGUCACCUGUGAGAAAAACAUCUACCCCCCUCCCUCUAAGACCGGCGUUGAAACACUUACGGUUGACCUUGACCUUCCACCUGAGCAAAGAUGGGUUCACGUCGUGAAGCCGAAGACGAUGCAGAUCCGCCGGCUGUUGGACAAGUUCAAGUCGAGUCUUGAGCAGUAUGGACGUGACAUGAAGCUGCUGGUAGACUGGGUGGAAACAACGUGGGCAAGCUGGACGAGCGUCUGCCACAGCCGUUUGCCGGGGAGAUAGCAGGCAUUGCCAACGCUACAGGCAUGUCGCUGGCCGACGCCGUCCUGUACAACAUCUUCUACGAGAUGUCCACGUUCUGCACGUCCAUUGUCGCCGAGGACAGUAAAGGGGAACUCUACCACGCCAGGAACAUGGACUUUGAGUUUGGGGAAGGGUAUGACAUUAAAAACAGGACAUGGUUUCUUGCGGAAAACCUGCGCCCUCUAUUGGUGAACAUCAAUUACAUGAGGGGAGGUAACCUGGUGUUUAAAGCGGCUCACUAUGCAGGCUAUGUCGGGGUUGUAACUGGGAUGAAGCCGAAAGCAUUCAGCGUGUCGGAGAACGCCCGUAGCGGGGACGCUGGGGGAGGUGUCGUUGGUGUACUGGAAUGGCUGCUGGACAUGAAGAACGGAACCUUCACGGGCUUCCUGACGCGCACCGCCCUGGAAACGGCCGAAACCUACUCAGAGGCACUAACCAUGCUGCGGAGCACUCCACUGCUGGCUCCGAUCUACUAUAUCCUAGGGGGAAGGACGUCAGGGGAGGGCAGUGUGAUCACGCGCAACAAGGAUGAGGCUAUAGACGUGUGGCCGAUGGCGUCUGCCGGAGGCUGGUACAUCCUGGAGACCAACUACGACCACUGGAUGAAGCCACUGUUUCUGGACGACCGACGGGGCCCGGCGAACCAGUGCAUGAGGGAGACUACACAACAGGGGGUAUCUCUUCCUGCACUGUUUGAUGUCCUGUCGACGAAGCCCGUCCUAAAUAAGGGUACUAUCUACACUGCUCUGAUGCACGUGGAGAGCGGCCAACUUGAAAGCUGGAUCCGAGAAUGUGACGACCCCUGCCCCCCAUUUUGAUAGUUGUCAUGGAAACUCAUGGAAGAUCAACCAAUAACAGACAUUGGACGUAUGUUGUAAUUAAAGGUUGUCAUCGAGGA